GAAACCGAACGUGCAGGGCCGAGAGAGGAGAAAGAGAGUGUUGAUUCUGUCCUCAGGGAUCGUCAUAGUGCGCUUUGGGCUAGCGAGUUAUUAUUAAAAGUUUCCCACAGUUUUCGAACGAUGUGCAGGUAGAGUCGAGGUGGAGAAGAAUGGUGCUGGAGGGAAGACAUAGAAGCAAGUUUAGAGGGCGACAGGAACAUAGGCUGGAGCUUUUGAAAAGGUAGGUUUUGGUGCGGUGUGGUUCGAAGGACAGGAAAAGGUAGUGUUGCCGCUGGAGGAGGAGGAGGUGCUGAGGUCUUACUUGCGAAAUGGAAGUGAACUCCGAUGCGCUGGUGGCAGCGCGAGAGCGGAUUAAGGAGCUGGAAGCCUUGGUUGCAGUACUGACGGAAAAGAUCAAGGUGUGUGCUGUCGGGCAUUUCGGUGCUGACGACUCCAGUGCCAUUCCUCGUUCGCAGUAUCGAUGAGCGAUUAAUUGUCACUCGAAGACAGAGCCUGUGCAGAGUGCUGCUCUUCUUACCACUUGAAACACUUUCGAUUUCUUAAAUGGGAAUCCGCUUAUGGACUCUUCUACUUCCGCAGAUUCUCGGUCCAAAGUAGAAAUUGGUAGAGGCUUGCUCCUUUACGGUCAGGGUAUUAGCACACACUGACCUUGAACGUGACCACUAACAGCUAUAGGGGUCCGGGACACCUCCAUUGCAUAGGAGCUCCUUAUAAUCCAGCUUGAAUCGCGUCGAAUUCACCGCCGCACAAGGAACUGAUCCCAAUUCCCGCCGAAUGAAGUUCGUUAGUAGGCAAUUGAAAGUACUUACAGGGCUUUGGAAUGGUAUCGAUUGACAAAAUUGAGUUGGAAGAAGCGCACAGCAGUUUCUGACAAUUUUUGUUCUUCAAGCCUCCGCAAACUACAAUAUGAGCUGUGUAAUUACGUGUGCAACCAGAGGCUGCUUGCAGACAUCAUUAACUGAUGACAUUGUCGACUCGGAUGAUGUAAUUUCAUCUCGAACAGUUGAAUAUUUCUGGAGUGGCAAAUCAUGCCUGGCUGCCAGCUCGUUUGCUUACUCGACCUCCCAACACAAUCGUUUCUGAACAUUCAAUCUGCUAAAUACUAAAUGGAAUCGCAAAGCAAUUUUCGUAAAAGAGCUUUCUUGAGGACAGAAAUACGUGCUGUUACGGGAGAUUUACAAUAUGUUCAAAAGAUGCUGGAGUUGGAAAAUCCUCUUUUGGGAAGAUCGUUAGAGGUGAAAGACAAUACUAUUCAGUCGACAGCUUUUACUCCUGGUCUUCCUGCUUCUAAAGACAAGACCAAAGAGGAUAUACAAGCGGGAUGUGUCAACAAACACAAUGAUUCUCACCACAUCCCAGAACUUGCUGCUGUGGAACAUUCCGGUCUCCAAGUUGAGACUUCACAGAAGAUGCAACGGGAAGUUCCUGAGCUGCAAGGAGACGAUAUUGUCCACCCUGUAAUCAAGAAUGGCACGUGUGGUCAGGAGCAGCUUACGAAGAAGGGGAAGAAAGGAACUCGAGGAAACAUGAAGAAUCAAUCCACUCGGCAUGUAGCUCUAAAGAUCAUGUAUUGGGGAAGCAGGUACCAAGGAUUUGCUUUCCAGCCUGGAACGCAGGUGACUGUGGAGUCAGAGUUCUUUGCAGCCCUUAGGAGGACAAAGCUUCUGAUUGGUGAUGUCUCGGAUGCCAAUUACUCAAGGUGUGGACGUACUGAUAAAGGUGUAUCAGCCAUUGGGCAGUUGGUAUCUCUCCGUCUCAGAACGAGUUGUAAACCUUCGGUACAUGAAGGGGGAAUAGGAGGCUCGGUUUAUACGUAUGAGAACCUUGCGGACGGGGACGAGAAGAUCAUAUCUUCCGCUGCCCAUGAUGUGGAAGCUGAAGAAAUGCUAACUGAUCGAGUUGCCGCAGCCAGGGCCAGUCGAGCGGCUGAAGAAUCAGUUUCAUCCAACCUCGGAGAUGAAGAGGAAAUUGACUACGUCGGGGUUCUAAACCGAGUACUUCCGGACGAUAUUCGUGUUCUUGGUUGGUGUCCAGUGCCAAGAGGGUUCCAUUCAAGGUUCAGUUGUCUGUAUCGAGAAUACAAGUACUUUUUUGUUGGUGGACAUCUGGAUAUCGCGUCAAUGAAGUUGGCAGCUUCAAAGUUUUUGGGAGAACAUGAUUUCCGGAACUUUUGCAAAAUGGAUGCUGCCAAUGUACAUAAUUAUCGACGAACAGUUACCGAGUUGGAAAUAGUUCCAUUCAACGAAGGCUGGGCAGGGACACAGGUUUGGGUAGUCCGAGUUAAAGGAACAGCAUUCUUGUGGCAUCAAAUUCGAUGCAUGGUAGCUAUUUUGUUCAUGGUGGGCCGAGGAUAUGAACCACCAGAGAUUGUUGAUGACCUGCUGGGUCGUGCUUCGAACACCUCAAGGAAGCCACAGUAUUCCAUGGCAUCUGAGAUGCCUUUAGUCCUCCGCAGAUGUGGGUAUCAAGGGCUGAAAUUGCACUGCCCACCAAAAGCCAUGAAACAAUUAAAACUACAUCUGGAGAAGUACCUGGAAAAGGCUCUUAUACAUGUGGCCCUUAUCCAAGAAGCACUUGAGGAGCUGCCGUCCUCAGAAAUUCUCGACGUGGAACACAUAAACAAGCUCAAGCGUAUGCAUAUUCCUCUCUCAUUGCGACAAACGGAACCUUCAUACGAGGAACGCCGAACGAGGUCAGAUGCUUAAUCUCCAGGAGAAUGUGGAUGUUACGACGCGAGUGGCUACCAGGCUCAGAAGGUGGCCGAGGUCUUGGAUGUCAUCCGAUGCUCCAGCAAUUUUGAGGUUCACGCUUAGUUGGGGCAUGCUGGUUCAUGCCUGAAGCGUCGUUGCCUUUUUGAACUGCCUAAUUUGACUUCGUCCAGCUCGACAAUAGUAAAGAGUGACAAAGAUUGGUCUGGGAGGAUACGGUUCUAAAACACUUUUUCUCGGCAGUUGACACGAUGUGAGAGCUUACAACAGUUGAUUGCAUCAACCGCUUAAUCACUCGAUUCCCUCUCGGUAUAUAUGCCAUGACAUGGAAUCGUUCCAUAACCGCCGACGUUUUUAGUCACCUACCAAGAAGAGGCAUGAUCUUUGGGGUGCUACCAAGUUGACACCUGUGCAUCCUUGUGACCGAGAAAUUUUCCUCAGUGUUCAAAGUAUAAGCUUACAGUAAUGUCUAGAGAUGUGGAGCUACUUAUACUAUGAAGAAUGAGUCAAAUUCGGCCGUUCAGCAUUCAAGGUCGAAGUAACUACCAAACCUUGGAUUUCUGAGGAAUGCACAUCGUAUUAAAUUUUCAAGUAAUGGUAUUCCUCUUUUAAUUUGGACGUUUAAACUGGGCACAGCUGAUGUGGUUGAGUGAAAUAUACAAGUUAUGUGUCUCCAUCGCAAGUACCGUACAUGGUUGUCAACGGAUCUUCGUAUUGCGCCGUAUACCGAAUGCCGGAAGUGAUGUCCGUCUAGAGCUGAG